AUGGGCUUCAGCGUUGUACCUGCCAGUGGAGGAGGGAGGACAAGGCCUCAUAGACAUCUCUGUCUGGGUGAUGGCUUUCAGGCUGCAGACUGCCCAGAGACUAUUGUAUCAGAGUGUUGGAGAGUACUAAAGGUAACUAGAGAUCCUGCUCCUGCAGUGGGCCUGUGGCUGCUGGAGAAGCCUUUGUUCUUCAACAGUCUCAUUAGAGCAGAGAUUCUGUCAUCAGCCAGUCUGAGAUCUUCUCUCAGAGAGGCUGGAUGUGUAAAGCUUGGCUACCUGCUGAUGUCCAUGGAGGUCCUGGAGCAGAUCAUAAACAUCAGCCGGAGGCUGCUGUCCAGAGUGGUGGAGGAGGUGUUGGGAUCGUUACCAGAAGGUCUGAAGGCCUUUAUCAUGGAGGAUGCUUCCCUUCCUGAUCACUGGGAUGAAGCUGCUGAGUAUGCCUUUCCUCACCUUGAUGUUAGUGCCAAUAUCGCUGAAUGGCAAGAGGGAGAAGAUCAUCUCCUUUCCUUCAGAACACCACAGCUGGGAAAGUUCAAAGGCUUGGGGAAGAAAGCGCUGUAUUACACAUGUGAAAGUACAGAACUUUCAGUCACUUCGGGACAUAAAAGCAUCGAGGUGGGCUGAGUUUUUUGGCCCAGGCUCAUCCCCGAAAGGCUGCUGGCGGUUCCUGUAUAA